UCCAAGAUGGCGGCGCCCGUGUGAGAAGCCGAGGGGAGAUUGCGGUGCCGCCGAGAGGGAUUCGCUUGCCGUCGCUGUCCGGGGAGAGACGGGGCAGGAGCCGCUAGAGCCCAGGCCCGCAGCCCGCCGCCCUUUCCUGUGUCACUCAGAAAUAAUGUUGAUAUUUGGAACUCAUGUCGAACAUCUAUGAAGAGAGGGUAACGAUGAUUGCAGCAGGGGAUUUGCAGGAGUUUGUCCCUUUUGGCCGUGACCACUGCAAGCACCAUCCUAAUGCGUUGAACCUGCAACUUCGGCAGCUGCAGCCAGCCUCGGAAAUUUGGUCGUCAGAUGGAGCAGCUGGUUUGGUAGGGUCACUUCAGGAAGUUACAAUCCAUGAGAAACACAAGGAAAGUUGGCAGUUAAGAAAAGGCAUCAGUGAUAUUGGAGAAGAAGUGGAAUAUGAUGAAGAACUGUAUGUGGCUGGUAACAUGGUCAUUUGGAGCAGAGGAAGUAAAAGCCAAGCUUCAGCAGUUUACAAAGCAUUCACUGUUGACAGCCCUGUUCUGCAGGCUUUGUGGUGUGACUUCACUAUACCCCAGGAUAAGUCUGACAAAAUAGAAGAUAGCAAGCAAAUAGUAGAAAAAUGCAUCUGCAUGUUACAGAGUUCUUGCAUAAAUAUUCACAGCAUUGAAGGAAAGGAUUUCACUGCUUCCUUGCCCUUUCAGGUGGCAAAUGUAUGGUCAACAAAAUAUGGCUUGUUGUUUGAACGUAGUAGUUCUUCACACGAAGUGCCUCUAAGUCCUAAUAGAGAACCUUUGCCUACAAUGUUCAGCAUGCUGCAUCCAUUAAAUGAAAUAACACCAAUGGUUUGUAAGUCUGGAGCAGGUUUGUUUGGCUCUUCUAGAGUCCAAUAUGUUGCCGACUAUUCAAUGAGAAUUGUUUUCAUCAAUGCUGAGCCUUCCAUUCUCAUGACAUAUGAUGCUACUCAGAGUUUGCAUACUGUUUGGGCACUCAGAAGAGUAAAACCAGAGGAACAGAAUGCAGUCUUAAGGUUUUCAGAGCAAGGGGGAACCCCACAACAUGUAGCCACCAGCACUUCUUUCACGGUCCACCUUCGUAAUCUGUCUAAGGGCGACUCGCCAAUGGCUUCACCAUUCCAGAACUAUUCGUCUAUUCACAGCCAAAGCAGGUCUGCAUCGUCACCCAGCAUCCACUCCCGCUCUCCUUCCAUUUCCAACAUGGCAGCUCUGAGCCGCUCUCACUCUCCAGCCUUGGGAGUGCAUUCUUUCUCAGGAGUGCAGAGAUUCAACUUCUCCAGCUAUGCCCAGUCUCCAAAGAGGCAUAGUGCCUGCCAUUCUCCAAGUAGUGCAACUGAGUCCUUCCUUGCCCCAGAAACUGAACUCAUUGUUCCAGAACUUUGCAUAGAUCAUCUAUGGACAGAACCAUUCACUACCAUGAGGGAGAAAAACUCACAAGCUUCCAAAGUAUUUAUUACAACUGAUCUUUGUGGGCAAAAGUUUUUGUGCUACUUAGUGGAGUCCCAGCUCCAGUUGCGCUGUGUGAAGUUUCAACAGAGUAAUGACAUGUCCCAGUUGAUCUUUGGCACUGUUACCAAUAUACCAGCAAAGGAUGCCGCUCCCAUUGAAAGCAUUGACACAAUGCUGGUUCUGGAAGGCAACGGAAACUUAGUUCUGUUUACUGGAAUAGUUCGGGUAGGAAAAGUGUUCAUACCUGGCUUGUUGGCGCCUUCACUGACAAUGUCAAAUCAGAUGCCUCGUCCAAGCACUCCUUUGGAUAGUGUCAACAGCCCUUCCAAGCCUUUGAAUAAGCACCUUGGACUCUUAGAUGAGGGAAUGUUGUCCCCUGUUCCAGAGCUGAGAGAUUCUUCCAAACUUCUAGACUCUUACAUUGAUGACUGCACUUUUCAGCAACUCACAACUUUUGUACAUUCUGUGAGAGAUAAUGUUCAGAAUAGAGUGACUCUGGAACUGAGCAAUGGCUCAAUGGUCAGAAUUACCAUUCCUGAAGUUGCAACUUCAGAAUUAGUCAAAAGGUGUUUACAAGGCAUUAAGUAUAUCCUGCCUAAAGAAAUUGAUGUGCAAAUGCUUGUCAGAUGGUAUAAUGCAUACAACGCACCAGGAGGACCAAGUUACUACUCAGAGUGGAGCCUAUUUGUGACUUGUCUCAUGAACAUGAUGGGUUACAACACAGAAAGAGUGGCCUGGACUCGCAAUCUUGAUUUUGAAGGAUCACUUUCUCCAGUCAUUGCUCCCAAAAAGGCUCGACCAUCAGAAACAGGAUCAGAUGAAGAUGCAGAGUAUCUUUUAAAUUCUGAUUACCAUAAAAAUGUCGAGUCUCAUCCUUUGGCUAAAGCUUUAUGCCUGGAUCCGCUGGAAGUAAAAUUUCCCAAAGACAAUGCUUCACACAAACACUGCUUGGACUCCACCACUCUUCUUUUCCCUCACAUUCCAGCUAUUUUCUAUGUGCUCCAUUUAAUCUAUGAGGAGCUGAAGCUGAAUUGUUUGAUGGGUGAAGGAAUUCGUUCCUUAGCUGUUCUUCUGGUUCAAUUAGCAAGAGACUUAAAUCUGGAAGCAUACCUUGAUUAUUACUACAGAGACUAUCCAAUACUAGUGAAGACUUCCAGGCAGACAUGCAUAAUUGAUCCAGUGUGUGGGAUGCAGCACCCAACCUUUUUUUCAGUGGAGCCUCCAAGUAUUUUUCAGUGGCUGAGUUCCUGCUUAAAGGGAGAAAGCGUGGCUCCCUACCCUUAUUUGCCUGGAAUCUGUGAAAGGAGCAAACUGGUAGUGUUGAGUGUUGCACUGUACAUACUUGGUGACGAAAGAGCUGUUUUAAAUGAAGCAUCCAACUAUUUAUCCAAGAUAACUUCAGGUCCGCGGAAGCAGCCAACUGAACUAGAAGAGCCCCGGGGCAGUUUUAGGCACAGCACAUCAGCUUCCAGUCUUGCUGAAAAGCUGGUUCUGUGGAUGACAAGUGUAGGAUUCACUUUAAGAGACCUGGAAUCCUUGCCUUUUGGAGUUGCUCUUCCUAUUAGAGAUGCGAUAUAUCACUGCCGACAGCAACCUGCCUCUGACUGGCCGGAAGCUGUCUGUCUACUGAUAGGCCGUCAGGAUCUUUCCAAACAAGCUUGUGAGGGAAAUUUGCCAAAGAGUAAAGUUUCUGACACCCAGAUGAUCUCAUCUGAUAUGCCCUCAACUUCAGAGACCGAAGAAGAUGAUGAUGGAAUGAAUGAUAUGAACCAGGAAGUGAUGUCGUUGAUAUGGAGUGAAGACUUGAGGUUGCAAGAGGUGCGCAGGCUUCUGCAAAGUGCCCACCCGGUCCGGGUUAAUGUAAUUCAGAUGCCAGAAGUCAGUGACCACGAAUAUAUUGAAGAAAAAGAAAACCGGCUGCUGCAGCUUUGCCAAAGGACAAUGGCACUCCCUUUGGGAAGAGGAAUGUUCACUUUGUUCUCUUAUCACCCUGUUCCAACAGAGCCCUUGCCUAUUCCCAAGCUGAACUUGACAGGGCGAGCGCCUCCAAGAAAUACUACUGUAGACCUCAACAGCGGCAACAUAGACGUGCCUCCUAACAUGGCUUGUUGGGCAAACUUUCACAAUGGUGUGGCUGCUGGACUAAAAAUAGCACCAGCUUCCCAAAUAGAUUCAGCAUGGAUUGUCUACAACAAACCCAAAAAUGCAGAGCUGGCCAAUGAAUAUGCAGGCUUUCUCAUGGCCUUGGGUUUGAAUGGCCACCUCACCAAGCUUGCAACACUUAAUAUGCAUGACUAUUUGACAAAGGGCCACGAGAUGACCAGUAUUGGGCUGAUGCUUGGGGUUUCUGCUGCCAAGCUCGGCACAAUGAAUAUGUCUGUCACUCGGCUGCUCAGCAUCCACAUACCUGCUCUGUUGCCUCCAACCUCUACUGAACUGGAUGUUCCUCACAAUGUGCAAGUGGCUGCUGUGAUAGGGAUAGGCUUGGUGUACCAAGGGACGGCUCACAGGCACACGGCUGAGGUUCUGCUGUCAGAAAUAGGUCGCCCCCCAGGUCCUGAGAUGGAGUAUUGCACUGACAGAGAAUCCUAUUCAUUAGCUGCUGGCUUAGCUUUGGGAAUGGUCUGUCUUGGGCAUGGCAGUAACUUGAUUGGCAUGUCAGACCUCAAUGUUCCUGAGCAGCUUUACCAGUAUAUGGUUGGUGGCCACAGGCGUUUUCAGACUGGAAUGCACCGUGAAAAGCACAAGUCUCCAAGUUACCAAAUUAAGGAAGGAGAUACUAUAAAUGUGGACGUGACUUGCCCAGGUGCAACUCUGGCACUAGCAAUGAUUUAUUUGAAGACUAACAACAGGUCGAUAGCUGAUUGGCUUCGUGCUCCAGAUACUAUGUAUUUGCUGGAUUUUGUGAAACCAGAAUUUCUUUUAUUAAGGACCCUUGCUCGCUGUCUGAUUUUGUGGAAUGAUAUCUUGCCCAGUUCUAAGUGGAUUGACAGCAAUGUGCCACAAAUUGUCAGGGAGAAUAGUGUAUCCCUUCAUGCAACUGAGAUGCCGUCAUCAGAAGAUUUGAAUUUGGAGACACUGGCGCAGGCUCAUGUCUACAUCAUGGCUGGGGCCUGUUUGGCUUUGGGCUUUCGAUUUGCUGGUUCAGAAAAUCUGGCUGCUUUUAAUUGCUUGUUCGCCUUUGCAAAAGAUUUCAUGAAGUGUUUAUCUUCAGCUACAGCUUCCAUUGCUGGUCACUAUAACUUGGAGACUUGUCUGAGUGUGGUGUUGCUCUCCCUCUCAAUGGUGAUGGCUGGAUCUGGAAACUUGAAAGUUCUCCAGCUCUGCCGUUUUAUGCACAAGAAGACUGGAGGAGAGAUGAACUACGGAUUCCAUAUGGCACAUCAUAUGGCUCUUGGGCUCCUCUUUUUGGGAGGGGGAAGGUACUCACUCAGCACCUCAAAUUCUUCCAUUGCUGCUCUUCUUUGUGCACUGUACCCUCAUUUUCCAGUUCACAGUACAGACAAUAGAUAUCACCUUCAAGCCUUGCGACAUCUAUAUGUCCUGGCAGCAGAGCCCAGACUCCUCGUUCCUGUAGAUGUGGAUACAGAAACUCCUUGCUAUGCGCUGCUAGAGGUCACUUACAAGGCAACCCAGUGGUAUGAAGAAACAACCGAAGAACCCAUGGCACCCACUCUUCUCCCUGAACUUCAUUUGUUGAAGCAGAUCAGGGUGAAAGGUCCCCGAUACUGGGAACUACUGAUUGAUUUAAGCAAGGGGACACACCAUUUAAAAUCAAUUCUUUCAAAAGAUGGUGUCCUGUAUGUAAAAUUGAGAGCUGGGCAGCUUUCAUACAAGGAGGAUCCAAUGGGUUGGCGGAGCCUGCUAGCUCAGACGGUCACUCACCGGAAUGCAGAUGCCCGUGCUUUUAAGCCAGAAGCAAUUUCAGCUUUUACAUCUGAUCCUGCACUGCUUUCAUUUGCUGACUACUUUUGUAAACCAGCUGCAAAUAUGGGGCAGAAGCAGGAAAUGUUUGGCCUCUUCUCAUCUAUCCUAUAUGAGUGUGUGACUCAAGAGAAUCCUGAGAUGCUUCCAGCAUACAUAGCCAUUGAUCAGGCUGUGAGAAGAUUAGAAAAAAGAGAAAUGACUGAGACCUUUGAUUUGUGGCAGAUAAAACUGGUUCUAGAGUUUUUUAAUUCUAGAAGUCACCAGGAAAGGAUGAGAAAAACAUCACACCCAGGGUUCUUCAUGAACUCAGAGUUCUUACCAGUUAUGAAAUGUUCCAUUGAUAAUACUUUGGACCAAUGGCUGCAAGCUGGAGGUGAUGUCUGCCUGCACUCCUAUUUAAGUGGACAGCCUACUGAUGAAUCUCAACUGAGCAUGUUGGCCUGCUUCCUCAUAUACCAUUCUGUCCCAACUCCAGGACAGCUGUUAGCUGGGGGCUUGGAAGGUAGAAGAAGUUUCUCUGAAUUGCUGUUAAAAUUCAAACCGCUGAAAAUGCCAGUCCGUGCGCUAUUAAGACUUGCCCCUUUGCUCCUGGGAAAUCCUCAGUCCAUGGUAUCAUGACAGACAGUACCAGCAUCCUGACAAGACUAAGUGACCAAACCAGUAUCAGCCCAGUAUUUGAUAAUGAGGGAAAGAGAGCAUGAAUGAAAUCAGUGUUGCUUUCAAAUUCACCAAGUUACAUCAUAAUGAAAUUUCAUUCCUUUUUUAUGUUUACAGAACGAAGAAGAGAGGUUUAUAUAUUGUUGGGCAGUCAAUGUGCCUGUGAAAAUUAAUACAUUUACUUUUUUGUAAAUAAAGCUUGUUUGCCAAAAAAGGGGGAAAACUUUUUAUACAUUUGGAAAUAAACCACUUAAAAGCA